AUGGCCACAUAUCUACCCACGCUUCAAUAUGACUCCAACUCCAAGCUUCUGGACGUUCCAGAUGCCUCUGAAGACGUCGAAAUGAACGUCAAACAGAUCAAUAAGCUGACCCAGGAUCUGGUGGCCGAGAGUAAUCCCAAUUUCACACCUCAGCCGCGCGAAGACUCUACCGCAAUGAUCAAGAAGCUAUUCGAAAACGGUCUCAAACAGUUGCAGCAGCAAAAGAUGGCAGAUGCCCUCAAGUCCGUCAACUUGGCCGUGGAGAUGGCCCAGCGCAAACGCGCGCCCUGGGAGGCCUUUGCCGUGCAAUUGCAAGAACUACAGUUUAUGAUGAAAAACAGGGUUGACCUCUGUCUGGUACAGGGCAAGUUCAUGGACGCACUACAGGACCUCGAUUUUUUGCAGAAUACGGGUCUGACGACGUCCGACGUUUUCAUCCGCAAAACAGACGCACUCAUGAAAUUGAAACAGUACGAUCAAGCCCGCGCCGAAGUCGAGCGUGGACUAAGUCUCGAUCCCACCAAUGCCAAACUAAGGGUCCUACACAUGGAAAAUACUCGCAGACUAGCUGAAUACAACGGCGACUCGUGA